AUGUUCGCGACCACUCGGUUUGCCCGCGUGGGUGCGCUGGCAUCCAAAUCUCGUAACCUUCUGGGUGCUCGGAGCCUGGCAACUGUCAGCGAGAAUCCUCUCGACAAAAAGGUCGAGAUGUGCAAUUAUGAGAAGGUGCGAUUUUCCCGGCCAGUAGAUCUAAAUCGGGGAGCUUCGGGGCAGCGGGUUUAG